AUGAAGAAUGACGCAUACAACUUUGUGAAGAAGUGCCACGCAUGCCAAAUCCAUGCCAAUAUAAGCCACAAGCCUCCCACGUUGUUGCAGGACAUGCGUACUCCUUGGCAUUUUCAUACUUGGGGGCUUGACUUAAUUGGGACGGUCUAUCCACCUUUUGAAGGCUACAUAUGGAUCCUUACAGCCACUGAGUUUGGAAUCCCGAACAAAAUCGUCACCGACAAUGGCACACCUUUUGUUAACAAGCAAGUAAGCUGGAGACUUAGCGGCUAUGGUAUCAAGCAUCGUCGCUCCACGCCUUAUUACCCACAGGGAAAUGGUCAAGCGGAGGCCACAAACAAGACUUUACUAAGAAUUCUGAGCAAACUGUCUAAUGCCAUCUCACCUGUUGAGACCACCAUCUCCACUGCUAGAGUAUCAACCGUUAAAGACCUCGAAUGGGAUACAAAGUCAUGCUCAAACUGGCGCUUGUUGUACCUCGAAGCCUUGGACAAAAAAAGAGCAGAAGCCGAAAGGAGGAAAGCAUUGUACCACAAAAUUGUUGCCCAAGCUUAUAACAGGACAGUCAAGCAUCAAGCCUUCAAGCAAGGAGACCUCGUGCUAAAGGUUGUUGAGCAUGUGAGAAGGCAAGUGUCGGGACCUUCUCUGUUUGCAGUCAAAGAAGUUUACAGCAGUGGCUAUUAUCACUUGGUCUCUAUCAUAGAAGGCACGCUAACGGAUCCCAUCAACGGGAAGUGGCUCAAGCCCUACUGUGCUUUUGUUAUUGCAUUUCUUUUCGUUUUAGAUAUGAACUCCUUCUAUGUUCUUACUUGA